AGAACAGUUCUGAGGGGAAAGUUUCUAGCUAGAGUGAGUCCUUUACCCAUAAUCCACAGCGAGACCCGAAAACCUGUAAGAGAUCGAUUGAGGCUUAAUAGAUCGUUUGCAGGUCUGAGUUGACGUCACCACAGCCCUUGUGUCACGUGCUGAGUUCGAUGCUGUCGGGGAUUGAGAAGAAUUUGAAAAGAGCCCGAGGGGGACGAGAAGGCGGCGGCAGGUGGUCCUCAGACACAGUCAGCCAUCAACAUGAACUACAUGGGCCAGUUGGCGGGCCAGGUUCUGGUGACAGUCAAGGAGCUAUACAAAGGCAUCAAUCAGGCCACGCUGUCAGGCUGCAUCGACGUGGUGGUGGUGCGCCAGCCCGACGGAUCCUUUCAGUGUUCCCCCUUCCACGUACGCUUUGGAAAAUUGGGAGUGCUGCGCUCCAGAGAGAAAGUGAUAGACAUAGAAAUAAAUGGAGAAGCGGUGGAAUUGCACAUGAAGCUUGGAGACAAUGGUGAGGCUUUUUUUGUCCAGGAGACAGAACAAUACGAUCAGGAGAUGGUCCCAGCCCACCUGGUGACCUCACCCAUCCCCAUGGAUGAUGCCCUUAUCAAGAACCAAGAACCCGAAGGUGGGAAAUGUCGUCCCCUCAAAGGCUCUGAAGAGGGACCCAACGCGGCGGGGAAGAAGAAGAAAAAACGGAGACGGAAGCACAAGGUCGAGCCCCGCAAGGAGGCGCACAGUCAACCAGUAGUGGGCGAGCUAGAGCUGCCUGGGCUUAGCUCAGAUGAGGAGAUAUCCUCGCAUCGCAUCGAAGUAUCCACAAGGGACAAUGCGGAGGGACAUUUCCGAUCUUCCCCCGCCUCCAGCCUUGAGUGGGACAGCUACCCUUUCUCUGAUGGCGACUGGUCCCCCUCCAUGAAUAGCACGAUGUCUGAGGUUGAUCCGGCAUCGCCUAACAGCGACUCAGAGCUCAUGGUGAAGACGGCAGAGAGCGCACUCCGGGCCGACGCCCACAUGCAGUGGAGCUGGGGCGAGUUCCCGGAAUCCACCAGAGUGACCAAAAAAAGGGAGCGAUCCAGACCAAAGAUGCUGAACAUCACCCCCUCAGAAAGUACACAUUUCCGGGUCAUCUCCGGCCUGGAGGAGCCAGACGAAGAUCCUCUCUGCAGCGUUGUUAAACCUCAAGCCCAGAACGCCGACCCAAAAAUAACUGAGCUCGGUGGGAAAGGUGCUCACACGACCAGGUGGACAUCUUCACCACCCAAGCGCAGAGAGUCCGAUAGCAAAUUAGCAGAGAUUGCUGUGAAGAGACAAGGCGUGAGAAAGAGGAGUCAACAUCAGGGACCAGAAGACAUCUACCUGGAUGACCUGAAUGCACUUGAACCCGAUGUCAUCGCUCUCUAUUUCCCCAAGAGCGAGUCAAGCCAGGUUGCGAGGCCCUGGACGGAGACGACCGUGAACGGAGGGGGUCACUCAGGUUCGCAGUCGCCGCAGUCGGUGGGCAGCAGCAGCAGCAGUAGCAGUAGCGGCGGCGGCGGCGGGAGUCUCGGCGACAGCGGGGCCGAGUGUCUUUCCGACUCGGCCGCCGACCUGCCCGAUGUCACGCUGUCGCUCUGUGGCGGCGGCGCCGGCGGCGAUGACUCGGAGAUUAACAGUGAGAAAUUCCUGGAGUGCAUUAUCAGCUAUCAUGAGUUUGCGGAAAACCCUGCGAUGAUCGAUAAUCCUAAUUUGGUGGUUCGGAUUGGACACAGAUAUUACAACUGGACUCUGGCGGCGCCGCUCAUCCUCAGUAUGCAGGCAUUCCAGAAGAACCUCCCGAAGGCCACAGAAGAAGCCUGGGUGAAGGACAGAAUGCCUAAGAAAUCCGGGCGAUGGUGGUUCUGGCGUAAGAGCAGCGUCAAGCAGUCGUCCACAGAGAGCAAGCUGGAGCGACAGGAGAGUCUAACCAAUGAGAAUUCGGCUCUCAAGACGGGCGCUAAAGCAAAACAGAAAACAUCCGAAUGGUCAACUGACGACGAAACCAAAGAGCUCAUCGGCGUGAUCGGCGGCCGGGCGCCAAGCGAGCGCUCGCGGACGGAAGCCUGCGGCCCCGCCUACAAAAAGUCCCUGCGACUCUCGUCGGAGCAGAUCGAGGGUCUGAAGCUGAAGGAAGGUCCCAACGACGUGACGUUCAGCAUCACCACUCAGUACCAGGGAACGUGUCGCUGCCAGGGUACCAUCUACUUGUGGGACUGGAACGACCAGGUGGUCAUCUCCGACAUCGACGGCACCAUCACCAAGUCGGACGUGUUCGGUCAUAUCCUGCCUCAGCUCGGCAAAGACUGGACACACGAAGGAAUCGCCAAGCUAUACCACUCCGUGCACCAGAACGGUUACAAGUUCCUGUACUGUUCGGCGCGAGCCAUCGGCAUGGCGGACAUGACGCGGGGGUACCUGCAGAGAGUCAACGACGGGGGCACGCUGCUGCCCAGGGGGCCGCUCAUGCUAGCGCCUAGCAGCCUGUUCUCCGCCUUCCACAGAGAGAUGAUCGAGAAGAAACCCGAGAAGUUCAAGGUGGAAUGCCUGUCGGACAUCAGGAAGCUUUUCUCCGCCGGCGCGCAUCCCUUUUAUGCCGCGUUUGGCAACAGAGAGAGCGACGCGUUGGCUUACCGGCAUGUGGGCGUUUCGGCUUGCCGCAUCUUCACGGUGAACCCCAGGGGGGAGCUGAUCCUGGAGCAAGCCAAAGGCAACAAAACUUCGUACACGCGCCUUGGCGAGCUGGUAGAGCAUGUGUUCCCAUUGCGCAGCCGCCAGGACGCCGCCGCCUUCUGCUGCCCCGAAUUCAGCGCUUUCUCAUACUGGAGGCAGCCCGUCACGCACGCCUGCUUGGAGGAGCUGCUUUGACGACGGAUGCGUCAAUCACUUUGUUAGCAUUAGCACCUGUUAGCAUUACUCAUUUGGGUUGCUGAAUUGAUCAGGUUACAAGGAGACGUACACAUUGGAUGUGACUACUACUUUCUGUGAAAGGGACAGUCUUUCUUUGUGUGAGGAAAUCACGUGGCUAUUUUUAAAUGUUCAUUAAAAAAAU